AUGGAUAAAUAUCAGCCAUACGGGGAUGACAAGAUACACAUUUCUAUUUUGAUUGAUAGUGAACGGGGUCUUUUAUACAUGGAUAGUCUUCUGAAAUCCCUUUUUUAUUAUCAGAAACGAUUUCAUUUUGACUUUAAACAUUGUUGUAUAUCUGAUCUCUGUGAUAAAAUCAGCGAUGAUUCCUCAAAUUAUAAAGAUAGAAUGUUAUAUAUUUAUCCAACUGUAUUUCAUAUUUUAACAAAUAAUAAGUCCAGCAGUUAUUUGAUCCAUUUUCUAAAUAUGUGGAAAUUGCAUAAUGUGGAGUAUUAUUCUUAUGAAUACAACACGUAUUUGGACAGACUUCAAUGGAUCGUAUCUAAACAUCCUUCAGGUGCGAAGCCAUUUGUAAAACUAUUACUCCCGGAGAUUCUCCCAUCUUCUGUAAACAAAGUCAUUGUACUUGAUCUCGAUAUGAUUCUUAACACUAACAUUGUUGAACUGUGGAAUCACUUUGAGAAAUUUGAAGAAACCCAGGGUUACGGAUAUAAUGGUGGGAUUUUAUUGUUCGACUUGUCAAAACUACGUUUGAUGAUGUGGAAUGAUAUAUGGUUGAGCAUAACUGUACACUUGUUGCAAACUAAAGGAUACCUAAUCACAGGAGAGCAAGAUGUAAUGAAUAUGAUCGUAUUCAAAUACAAAGAUCUUCUGUAUGAAAUUCCUUGCGAAUGGAAUAUUCAAUUAAGUGCCGGGUCAGAACCUGAAAGAUGUCCGGUUAGUUGGUUAAGUCAUGCGGAAUUGAAAAAACGCAAUUAUUAUACAAUUAAUAAACAACCAAAAAUUAUCCAUAUCAAUCAUCAUAUAAAACCGGAAGAUAAAUAUUUUCCAAAACCUGUAUCUAUCAACAAAAUUGACCGAUCGGAUGUUAUACUUAAACGUAAACUUUACGCGCUAACAAUAAACGGCCCAAGAAGACAAGAUCUGCUUUUAUAUUAUUUAGCUUUAUCUAGCCCGUUACGUCUAAAAUGA